AUGGUUGACCUCGUUCAAAUCUUCGGCCGCGUUAAAGACUUCCAUCAAGAGCUAGCAGAAGGAUUGAUCGGCGACUUUGGGACCGAAAUCACUACUUGCAGAUUGAAGAAGAGAUUUGACGAUUUCACUCGUCUCAAGCUGCCACAUAGACACCACUACAACCCACAAACUCUCAAAUCCCAUGCUGCUGCCGGCCUUGGGGGAACUUUUGUGGCUCUUCAUCUUGGCUAUCAUCACUAUGCCACACUGCUUUACUUUCCCUACCUCGACCCACAGCUUGCCCAAAUACCAGGCCGAUCUGGCUAUGUUGAUCUCUGCAAGAGUCAUGCUGCAUCCUUUAGCGACUUGCUGAGGACCUCACAUGAAAUACCCAAUUGCGAAGCUGUGUACCUCAUUGUGGCUCAUAUGACGGUCGUUUCAUCGUCCGUUCUACUUCAUACGCUUUUGUUUGGCGAAGAAGACGAACUAUCCGAAGCUAGAAGACGACUUUACUCGAAUUUUGAGAUACUCUUAAAGUUGAAAGAAUACUGGCCAGGAGCUGACCUCAUGGUGGAACGUCUGUUCACGUUUCAAAAAGUGUGCAUGCGCUCCAUGGACAAAACAUAUGCCGUAGAUAGAUGGAUUGUCAAAUUUAUUCUUCAACAUGCAUUGCCCAUCGAUGGUGAAGGGGCUACACCCACUCUCUCGGACCUGGAAGAACGAGGCAAGGUCGCAAAUGAUGCACUGUCGAUGCUUCGUCCGGUGCUUUUCCAGGAGCAAUCCAUGAACACAACCAGCGCAAGUGGCUCCCAGGGUUGGUCUCAUUUCCUGCCGCAAUCUCCUCCAGCGUCGGACCCUUAG